AUGUUGUUCUUUUCUACUCUUGGUUUGAUUGUGUACUCUCUCCGUCUUGUCCACGCCGAUUGCUUCGAACCUAGCCCGGCUUUCCCACUUCCACUAUGGCAGAACGGCAUGCAACAACUGGAAGCUGCCUUUCAACGGAUCGAUCAACGACUGGAGAAGCUCGCUGAAGACCAGCAGUAUGACACCUCUUCCUUCUCAGUCGGUGUUACAUCGAACACCGACACGCUAUGGACUCACUUCCAUUCUGCCCGUGUACAUAAUGCUACACGGCCAGGUGUUACGCACAUCGAUGGCGAUAGUCAGUACCGCAUCGCUUCUAUCUCCAAGACUUUCACCGUUCUCGGCAUUCUCCACCAGCACGCAGCUGGCAAUCUUAGCCUCGACGAGCCUGUAUCGCUGUACAUUGAUGAGCUGAAGCAUGCCCACAGCGGCGACAUGCCCUGGAAUGACAUCACAAUCCGUGUUUUGGCAUCUCAGCUGUCGGGUAUCCCGCGAGAUGUCAUACAAGCUGAUUUGAUCAACGGAGAGACCGACCCUACGGAGCUCGGUUUGCCGCCAGUGAGCAAGGAAGGCUUGCCACGAUGUUACGAGUACGGUGGCCUCAAGCCUUGCAACCGGACAGAUCUACUACACGCUCUGAAGACACACCACCCAAUCUUUGCACCAAACGCCAUUAGCACUUACAGUAACACAGCCUUCGAGCUGCUAGGGCUGGUCCUUGAGAACGUGAUAGGCUUGGACUACGAUGUCUACAUGCAGCACGCAAUCUUCGGCCCGCUGAACAUGACUCUCACAAGUCUCAGCACGCCGCCAGACGAUCAUGCUGUCCUACCCGUUGACCAGACAUACUGGGACGUCGAUCAAGGUGUUCACAAGCCUACGGGUGGCAUCUAUAGCUCCUUAGACGACAUGAGCAAAUACCUCCGCUACGUGAUGACACACUAUAACGCGCUGGCGACGGGCGUGAACUGGCUCCUACCCGCAAGCUGGAGCACAGGGAUGGAGAGCUUCUAUGGUAUGCCGUGGGAGAUCUUCCGGACCGAUCGAAUCCUUGAGAAGAGUAAGCGGCCAGUGACCUUCGUGACGAAAGCUGGUGGCGUACCUUCGUACUUUUCACGCAUCAGUAUUAUGCCUGAAUACGGCCUAGGUCUUACUGUCUUGAUCGCUGGCAGCAAUACGUUACUCAAAGAGAUCCAAGAGAUUGUGACGGUGGAACUUGUGCGUGAGGCCGAAGCGGUCAUAUGGAAGGACGUUCAAAAGACGUACAGCGGCAAUUACGUGUCGACUAAUACCUCGCUCAACUCGUCGAUCGAGCUUGCCGCCCGGCCCUCGACUGGCCUGGUAUUGCAAAGUUUCAUCAGCAACGGCACGGAUGUUUUUCAGACACUUCUCCAACAGUACGCUGAAGCCUUGGAUGUCAAGCGAUGGCACGCACAACUGGUACCAACCCUGCUUUACAAGAACGAGGCGGAGCAGAAGGGUGAAAUCUGGAGGCUUCUCGUGGUUGCGGAGAGGACGGGCGAGGGAGCCGUCUGGGAUGAGUUUUGCAAUACUGAUGUUGACCCUAUCAGCUACGCUGGCUUGCCGGUAAAUGAAUUCGUGUUCUGGCAUGAGGAGCAACGCCUCGAGCUGCCGGCGUGGAGGGUCAGUAUGAAGCGAUCCACUGCGGACACGGCCGAGAGGUUGGUAGUGCAAGUGUAA